AUGGCGCAACCUGUACUCGUCGCCGCCCCGGCUGCCUGGCCCUACGCAGCCCCGGCCGUCGAACACGUCUCGUCCUUCUCGCUCGACGCCGACUACAACGCCUCGUUCGCGUGCACGUUCGAGCUCGAGAUCGGCAACCCGGCCCUGACAAAGGUCGUCGCGCUCCCGCAAGUUCCGCUCCAGGGCAUGUGGCACGUGUCCGUCUGGCGCAACGGCGACGUCGUCUCGCUCGCUCUCCAGCACAGCCCGCUCGCAGUCGGCGCGCUCGGGACCGACCUCGUCGGAAACCUCACGCUCGAGCGGUACUCCGACGGCGCGUUCACCGUCGUGGCGCAGAGCACGUCGCGUUGGGCGACGGUCCCACAGAUCGACCCUGUUCGCCAGUCGUGCUCGUCCGGGUUCGCGCUCACGGUCCCGCCAGCCCACCUCAACGACCCGGCCCAGCGCAGCGUGUACCGCCUCUCGUUCAAGCUCCAUCGCCCAGUGCUUCAGCCCGUCGCAGCCCCAGUCGAGCGGCAGGUCGGUCGCGUCGCUCGCCAGCUCGGCUCGCGGGACGCCAAGCAGCUCGCGCAGAUCUCGCCAGACACCCACACCCUCGCCCAGCCGCACGACGUCCGCAUCUUCUUCCCGCACAUCUGCGACUACGGGCCUUUCGAGCUGUGGACGUCCGAGAGCCUCCUCGUCGCGUCGUCGACCUACUUCCGCAACCUGUUCGCCUCGGACGACGUCGAGAUCGUGCCCGCUGCGCACGGGCGCACGCACGUCGCCCGCGCGCAGGCCCCGCCCAAGAUCAUCGUCAAGCCGUUCGAGGACUCCGACGACGAGACGGACUGGCUCGUCGACGUGACGCUCGACCCGCUCACGGGUGGGCCGAACAGGCCUCUCCCGUUCGAGUACAAGCAGAUCACGAUCAAGGGCCACGAGGCGGCCUACACGACCUGGCGCGCCGGCCUCCUGUGGCUUGAGACGCGCUACAUCGAGUUUGCGCCGCUCCUGUCGUCGUUCAGCGGCGCCAACGACCCGGCCGAGCGCCGCAACGAGGAGCUCGAGGCCAUCCACGCCGAGAACCCGCGCCUGCCGUACCCGGCGUCGCCCAAGUCGGUGUACCGCCUCGCAACGACCCUCGGCCUCUCAUAUCUCCCCGAUGAAGCAUCCUACUUCUUCUACGACGUCCUCACGCUCGACACGGCACCUGUCGAGCUCUUCUCGGACCUCGCGCGCGACGACUGGUUCUGGCGCGUCACGGUCCGCUCGUGGCUCGUCAAGCACUGGGACGACGUCAAAGGGACCGAGGCGUGGACCGAGACGAUGCGGCGCGUGAGCGAGGGCGAGAUUGAGGGCGCUGGGCCGGCCAUGGUCGAGCUCCUCGAGGAGGUCGGCAAGCGCAACAACGUCAAGCCGUGA